AUGGAUGGAAGGCUGUUGGCCAAAGGAAUCAAUUCUAAAGAGGAAGAGGUUUCCUUUGACUUCUCAGACUCAGAGGAAGUACAGUCUACUUUAAGCAUAACUGUUGUUGGAGCUUCAGGGGAUCUUGCUAAGAAGAAAAUUUUUCCUGCACUCUUUGCUCUUUACUAUGAAGAUUGUCUUCCCGAGAACUUUAUGAUUUUUGGUUAUGCUCGUAGUAAAUUGACAGAUGAAGAGCUGAGGAACAUGAUUAGUGGAACUUUAACCUGUAGAAUUGAUAAGAGGGAAAAUUGUGAAGAUAAAAUGGAGCAGUUCUUGAAGAGAUGCUUUUAUCAUUCAGGUCAGUAUAACUCUGAGGAGAAUUUUGCAGAACUAGACAGGAAGCUCAAAGAGAAAGAGGGUGGAAAACUGUCCAAUAGAUUGUUUUACUUGUCAAUACCUCCAAACAUAUUCGUGGAUGUUGUGAGAUGUGCCAGCCUCAAAGCUUCAUCAUCAAAUGGCUGGACAAGGGUCAUCGUUGAAAAGCCAUUUGGCCGUGAUUCAGAGUCCUCUGCUGAGCUAACAAGAAGUCUAAAGCAGUAUCUAACUGAGGAUCAGAUAUUCAGGAUUGACCAUUACUUAGGCAAGGAGCUUGUGGAAAAUCUGUCGGUGCUUCGCUUCUCGAAUCUUGUUUUUGAACCUCUAUGGUCAAGGAAUUAUAUCCGCAAUGUGCAGCUGAUAUUUUCUGAAGAUUUUGGUACUGAAGGCCGUGGGGGCUAUUUUGAUCAUUAUGGAAUCAUACGCGAUAUAAUGCAAAACCAUCUCUUGCAAAUACUGGCACUGUUUGCAAUGGAGACUCCUGUCAGCUUAGAUGCUGAGGACAUUAGGAAUGAGAAGGUAAAGGUUCUGAGAUCAAUGAGACCACUGCAGCUUGAAGAUGUCAUAGUUGGUCAGUAUAAGGGCCACAGCAAGGGUGGUAAAACAUAUCAAGGUUACACUGAUGACGCAACGGUACCGAACAACAGUCUUACACCUACAUUUGCUGCAGCAGCUCUAUUUAUCAAUAAUGCUAGAUGGGAUGGUGUCCCUUUCCUCAUGAAGGCUGGAAAAGCUCUCCAUACAAAGCGGGCAGAGAUCAGAGUUCAGUUCAGACAUGUUCCAGGCAAUUUGUUCAAGCGGAAUUUUGGAACUGAUUUAGACAAAGCAACAAAUGAGCUUGUGCUACGUGUGCAACCUGAUGAAGCCAUUUACCUGAAGAUCAAUAACAAGGUUCCCGGUCUUGGAAUGAGAUUAGAUCGCAGUGACCUUAAUUUGCUUUAUCGAGCAAGGUAUCCAAGAGAAAUCCCUGAUGCAUAUGAGAGAUUGCUGUUAGAUGCUAUAGCUGGGGAGCGAAGGUUGUUCAUUAGAAGCGAUGAGCUCGAUGCUGCUUGGUCACUCUUUACACCAUUGUUGAAGGAACUUGAAGACAAAAAGAUCGCUCCCGAGCUCUACCCUUAUGGAAGCAGAGGACCAGUAGGAGCACACUAUCUUGCCGCUAAGUACAAUGUCCGAUGGGGUGAUCUCAGUGGUGAAGAUUCAUAA